AUUAUUUUAUAUUUUGUUUUUCUUUUUUCCUUUUCUUUUCUUCUUCCUAUUUCUCUUCUCCUCCCGUGCGCCGCGCAACCCAGAUCUUCUCCUCUUCUCUUUCUGAUCGCAGCAACCACCGGCCGUCUCCAUUCCUCUUCUCCUUUCAUUCGUGCCCAGCCGCAGCCCAGCCGCAGCCAGCCGUCGGUCCCUUCCUUCCAUUUUCUUCUUCCGUUCGCAGCCCCGCCGCAAACCGUCGUCUCCCCUACUGAAGCCGAACGACCGGUCUGCCGUCUCCAUCUCUAGUUCCGCGCGCCGAUCUGCCGAACCCCACCGCCACCCUCUCUUUUCUCCUUCGGAUCGAAAACCGCCGCGCCCAUCCACCGUCGUCCAGAUCUGCAUCACAACCGCCGCUGCUCGUGCUUCACCCUGGUAGCUCGCAGUAACCCAGAUCCGCCGCUUAUAACCGUCGGCCGGUUCGUGAAGCCAGCCGCGCAACCUUCGUUCCAACCGCUGCACUGCCGCGCGAUUCUCCGGCCACGUCUUCUUUAGCCGACCACUGACCGACCCACAAUUUGUGUUUUCCAACGGUUUAUUUUGAGGCCAACUUAGAACUCCACACAAUGGACAAGUCAUGGAUGACCCAAAAUAGGAUGUCAAGAGAAUAUGAUUUAGGAGUCGAAAGGUUCAUUAAAUUUGGGUUGAGUCAUGCCAAAGGUCUUAAUUCAAUUAGAUGUCCAUGUUUGAAUUGCGGCAAUCGUUUACUUAAGGAUGUCUCAACAGUUCGGUAUCAUCUGUAUGCCAAUGGAAUUGAUAAGAGUUACAAGGUAUGGUUCUGGCAUGGUGAAGAAUUGAACUCAGAUAACGUUGCCAACACGAUGGAAACUACAGUGGAUGAAACUGAUGAAAACGACGAUUUAUUUAAUACAGUUAAUAUGGUACAAUCUAUUGAAGAACAAUCUUUUAAUGCAUCAAAUACCUUCGACACUAUGUUUGAUGACGCGAAGAAACCCUUAUAUCCAGGAUGUAAGAAAUUCACAAAGUUAUCAGCCCUCGUGAGAUUGUAUAACCUGAAGGUUAGGUAUGGUUGGACGAAUACUAGCUUCUCUGAAUUGCUGUCCAUAAUAAGUGAUUUAUUACCUGAUAACAAUGAAAUUCCAUGUUCUUUGUACGAAGCGAAGAAAACACUUGGUGCCCUAGGACUGAGUUACCAAAAGAUUGAUGCAUGCCCUAAUGAUUGUUGCUUGUACAGAAAAGAAUAUGAAAAGUUGACCAAGUGCCCUAAGUGUGGUUUGUCAAGGUGGAAGAUCGCUAAGAACUCAAAGAAGGAAAAAAGUGGUGUGGCUGCUAAGCAGAUGUGGUACUUUCCAAUAAUUCCAAGAUUUAUAAGAAUGUUCAAGAGAUCUGAAAAUGCUAAGAACUUGCGUUGGCAUGCGAUAGAUAGACAAGUUGAUGGUGUUUUGAGACACCCGGCUGACACUCCAUCAUGGAGGUUGAUAGACCACAUGUGGCCAACCUUUGGGUCAGAACCGAGAAAUCUCCGUUUGGGUUUGUCUACUGAUGGAAUUAACCCAUUUGGAGAUAUGUCAACGACGUACAGUUGUUGGCCCAUCAUCACUACAAUAUACAACCUUCCACCAUGGCUGUGUAUGAGAAGAAAACAUUUGAUGCUGACAAUGUUAAUAUCAGGUCCAAAGCAACCGGGGUACGAUAUCAAUACGUACUUAGCACCUUUAAUUGAUGAUCUACAAACGUUGUGGACGGAUGGAGUUCGUUGUUUCGAUGCAUAUAAGGAAGAAUAUUUCACACUGCGGGCUGUCUUAUUAUGGACCAUCAACGAUUUUCCAGCAUACGGUAAUCUAUGCGGUUUUAGUGUGAAAGGAUACAAGGCUUGUCCAAUAUGUGGAGAGGAGACUACUUCUAUAAGAUUGCAACAUGGAAAGAAAAUGUCAUACAUGGGACACAGGAAGUAUUUGCCAAGACAUCAUCCAUACAGAUUACAAAAAAAAAAAUUUAAUGGGAAGCAAGAGCAUGGAAUUCCUCCACAACCCUUGUCGGGCGAGGCCAUGUACCUUAAGAUGAAAGACAUGAUAUUUUCAUGUGGGAAGAAGUGUGGGAAGACUGUGCAUAAUGAAGGUGGCAAUGACUAUUGGAAAAGAAGACCUGCUUUUUUUCAACUACCAUAUUGGAAACACUUGCAUGUUCGACACUGUUUAGACAUAAUGCAUAUUGAAAAAAAUGUAUGCAUGAACAUAGUGGGCACCUUACUUGAUAUACCAGGAAAAAGUAAGGAUGGGAUGAAUACUAGACUUGACUUGGUUGACAUGAAAAUUAGACCAGAAUUGGCACCAACGUUUACUGGUAAUAGAACUUAUAUCCCUGCGGCAUGUUAUACACUGUCAAAAGAAGAGAAGUAUCGAUUUUGCAAGACUUUGUCAGAAAUUAAAGUUCCAGAAGGUUAUUCAGCAAAUAUUAGUAGUCGUGUCUCUUUGGAUGACUUAAAACUGACCGGCCUUAAGUCGCACGACUGUCAUGUUUUAAUGCAGCAACUGCUUCCAAUUGCAAUACGUUCAGUCCUACCGAAGAAUGUGAGGUACACUAUUAGUAGAUUGUGCUUCUUCUUCAAUGCGAUUUGUGCCAAAAGUUUUUCUGUCUCAGAUCUUGAUGCACUUCAAGAAGAUAUAGUUCUGACUUUAUGCAAUCUUGAGAAGUAUUUCCCACCCUCGUUUUUUACAAUCAUGGUUCACCUUGUCGUUCAUCUCGUUAGAGAAGUAAAGCUUUGUGGACCAGUAUAUUUGCGAUGGAUGUACCCAUUUGAACGAUGCAUGAAAGUGUUGAAAAGUUAUGUUCGCAGUAGAGCUCGACCGGAAGGAUGCAUUGCAGAAGCAAGCAUAUGCGAGGAGGCAGUUGAAUUCUGUUCAGAUUUUCUUUCUGGAUUAGAUCCUAUUGGACUUGGGUCACUCAAUUCAAGGACAGAAAUACAAAGCGAUCGACCGCUAUCAGCAGGAACAUACGUUCGACCCGAUGUCCAACAACUCAAGCAAGCACAUCUUCAUGUCCUACAGAAUAGUGGAGAAGUGCACCCAUACGUUGAGUAA